AUGCCUGCCCACCCAGAUUCUGAUAUCUAUCCCCAAGCCAGCGGCCCUGCAAAGGCACUCGUCGACCAGCAUCGCGCCGAGCAACCGCUGAAGCUGUAUGCGGGGUGGUUCUGCCCAUUCGUCCAACCCGUCUGGCUUGCCCUCGAAGAAAAGAAAAUCUCAUACCAAUACAUCGAAGUGAACCCAUACAACAAACCCGACUCUCUCCUCAAACUCAACCCGCGCGGUCUAGUUCCCACACUCUCCUGUCCGACAGAUCCAGAACCUAAACCCCUCUAUGAAUCCACCGUGAUACUAGAGUACCUGGAAGAAGCAUACCCAGAGCACGGCCCACGUUUCCUUUCAAAAAGCCCGUACGAACGAGCCCGAGCCCGAAUCUGGAUCGACUACGUGACAUCCAAAAUAAUCCCUUCCUUUCACCGCUUUUUACAAUACCAGGCAGCGAACUGUGAGAAUAAAGAGGACGGAAUUGCGCCAGUCCGUCAAGAAUUCCUUACGCACCUGAAGACCUGGACAAAAGAAAUGCAUUCUGAAGGACCGUUCUUCCUAGGCUCGGAGAUCGGGCUGCCUGAUCUUGUACUUGCGCCUUGGGCCGUGCGGCUGUGGGUAUUUGAUGACUUCAAGGAAGAUGGACUCGGUCUUCCAGCUGAGGGAGCUGGUGGUGCGGAUGAGGGUGUUUGGGCACGCUGGAGGAAGUGGAUUUCUGCUGUUGAGGGGAGGAAGAGUGUAGUUGAGACUACUAGUGCCAAGGAGCAUUAUUUACCGAUUUAUCGGCGGUAUGCGGAGAAUACGGCGCAGAGUGAAUUGGCGAAGGCUACGCGGGCUGGGAGGGGUGUUCCAUGA